CCUCAUUGGUUGUCUCACUCUAAUCAGCAGAGCGAGAUGAGGACAGCGAUCAACCUGCUAUUAAUGUCUACGCUAUUCUUGUAAACAUUUAGUAGCUUCCUCGUCUAAUGUUAAUUGCUAUUUGAAUUGAUCCGUUUUUAUAGACCCAGCCUUUGUGUGUAGUUUUUUUGUUGUUGCGACGGGAACCAUGUUUUCGAGGCUCUCGGCGACCGCUUUGGAUCUGUGUUUAAACUCCACGACCAGGGCAGCGGCGCAACUUAAAACGAGCAGACCAGCUGACGUUACCUGGCCGUUGCGUAACAGCCACACAUUCAAUAGCUCCAGGUCGUUUUGUGGAUAUGUCCGUGGUGGUGGUCGGGAUGAUUCUGCACUUUCGCCUGGUGGAAAGCGAGAAAAGAGAGAGAAGGACAUGUUUUCCAUCAAAAACUGGGACUCGGUUCGUUUCAUAAUCACGCAUCGGGAACAAUUACCUCGAGGAACCCUGUUCGCUUUUAAUUUCUCCAACAAAAUUAUUUUCAGCCCUACAUAUUGUAACACUAGCUUACCGCUACAUCGGACGAAUGGAGGCCAAAACAGACAGAAACGACAUAUAGCUGGACUUGAAAGGGUUUUGUUGACGUCUGGCGCGGUGGUCUGCAAGCAUCGCUUCUGUCCCACGUCGACUGUGCAAAUGAGGGAUCUGUCCUCGGUUGCUGCCGCGCCGAAAGGCCUGGAAGACUCGGCCGCUGUUCUCAAAGGGGACCAGACUCCAAAGGAAGCCUCAGCCAAGGUCCCUGAGGAGCCCAAGGUACCAGAGCCCGAAGAGGACAAACCCAGCAAGGCCCAGCAGCUGAAGAAGGUGUUUAAGGAGUACGGAGCAGUGGGCGUCUCCUUCCACAUAUGCAUCUCCCUCAUGUCUCUGGGAAUGUUCUACCUUGCUGUGUCUAGUGGGAUUGACAUGGCUGCCAUCCUGUACAAGAUAGGUUUUAGUGAAUCUCUGCUUCAGUCCAGGUUGGCGGCGGGGACCAGUACAUUUGUCUUGGCGUACGCCGUCCACAAGCUCUUCGCUCCUCUCCGAAUCAGCAUUACUUUGGUGUCGGUGCCUCUCCUCGUUCGGUACCUCAGAAAGACUGGCCUCUUCAAGACCCCCAACUCACCCACACCCUGAUUGGCAUACCUCAACCACACCCUGAUUGGCAGACCUCACCCACACUCUGAUUGGCAGACCUCACCCACACCCUGAUUGGCAGACACCACCACCUCACCCACAGCCUGAUUGGCAGACACCACCACCUCACGCACAGCCUGAUUGGCAGACACCACCACCUCACCCACAGCCUGAUUGUCAGACACCACCACCUCACCCACAGCCUGAUUGGCAGACACCACCACCUCACCUACAGCCUGAUUGGCAGGCACCACCACCUCACCCACAGCCUGAUUGGCAGGCACCACCACCUCACCCACAGCCUGAUUGGCAGGCACCACCACCUCACCCACAGCCUGAUUGGCAGGCACCACCACCUCACCCACAGCCUGAUUGGCAGGCACCACCACCUCACCCACGGCCCGAUUGGCAGGCACCUCACCCACAGCCUGAUUGGCAGGCACCACCACCUCACCCACGGCCCGAUUGGCAGGCACCUCACCCACAGCCUCAUUGGCAGGCACCUCACCCACAGCCUCAUUGGCAGGCACCUCACCCACAGCCUGAUUGGCAGGCACCUCACCCACAGCCUGAUUGGCAGGCACCUCACCCACAGCCUGAUUGGCAGGCAC